UUCCAAGAUGUGGGGAGCUUUAUAUAAAAGCAGGUAUGAGGUUGAGGCCACCUCAUGAGACAUCAGGCUUAGGAUGGGUUUGUGUGUGUUGUGGAUUUCUGUGCUGGUGUGGGCAGCAGUGAGGGUGGAGAUGGCCAGUCUGGAGAGCAAUAGCCCCGUACCUCAGCAGGGUCUCCAAGCCCUACACUGUCCACCCUGUGAACGCAUCCACUGCUCACCUCGCAGAUCACUGAAGCUCCAGUGUAAAGGAGGUGUCACCACAGGUGUGUGCGGCUGCUGCCCAACGUGCGCCAAGCAAGCUGGGGAGAGCUGUGGAGGAACGUGGGAUUACCUGGGCAAAUGUGAUGAAGGACUGGUGUGUGUGUACCCCCAGGACCCCAGCGACAGCAAGCCAGAGGAACAGCACAAAGGCAUCUGCAAGUCAGUACUCGAAGUCCUGGAAAAAGAUACUUGCCGUCCAGACUGUACAUGGGAAUUCUGUCAGGUGCACCCCAAUGAAAUAUGCUCAGCCAGGUCAGUGGCUAUGGAGAAGCGUGAGUGUGGAGGGUUCUGUCAGCACACCACCUGUUCCAGCUGUUUGGUUCUGAAGCGUCCGGCGUGUCCUCAGGCCUGCUCUCCUACAGACCACGUCUGCCUCCAUCGCUUUGGGAGGUGUGUGCACGGCCACCUGGAGCCACAGAAAGCUACAGUCUGCCACCAAAACCUACAGAGCAACAGUGAGGGGUACUUUGUGUGUUUGGCCCCUGUCUGUCCAAAUGCAGCAAACUGAUGUGUCUGUGAAAGAACCACUCCAAAGGAUCCAAGCACAACAUGUAGCACAUUAAAGCAGCUAUUUUUGAUAUAUGAAUGUUUGUACCAUAUUGAUACUUGUAAUAUUAAAAUGGUAAUAUGUACAGUUGAAAUAAAAUUUUGAAUUAAAUGGAUUUGUACAUAAA